ACACGAGCAGCGCCUGUUCAGACCUCCGUACAACAACAAACGCGCUCUGCACGAGAGGAAGAAAAGCGGACGAGAGGAAGAAAGAACGUUAACAUGUACUUUUGUCAACACAGACCUCGGUAAAGUUACGAGUUUGAGGAUAAGACGGUUUUAAAAGGAAGGAAAAGCCCGUCGCAUUCCGAUUUUCUCUGCAGACUUCACCGAGCAGAGCAGCUGUCCCCGGCGGUCCGCUCCACCGUACACGCCUGGGAGAACAGAGAGACGAGGAGAUAAUGAAGAUCUGUUCACCGGUGUGAGUUCCUGGGAUGCUCGACCGGCCUGUACCCCAUGCUCCUUUAAGGCCCCCAGAAGUUAAAGAUAGGGUGUCAUUGAAAGAGCAAGUGACCCCUCUGAGCUGCCACCAUGGCCCUGGUUCAGGCUCUGCCUAUAUCUGCUGAGCCCCACAACCCAGGCCUCAGUGGAGGAGCCCGUAGACGACACCCCUCUGGCCCUUCACCCCCCAUUAACGCUCCACCACCUUCCACUCUGGAUCCUAUGGGCUCUGUCAGCAGCCUCAUAGCCACCCGCCCCGGCCCCUACCAGGACCACCGCUCUGGUGUUGAGCUGGGAGCAAGAGUCCGACGACCCACACCAGGUGCCUCCUGUCUGGGCAGCGAGUCCCCGCAGGACCCCUUACUGCAGAGCAUCCCACCGCUCAAGAAACAGAGCUCCACGACGUCCAGCAGGGGCCUGGAGAAGGAGAGCGGGAAUGGGAACUACACCUAUCUGAAUGAGGAUUAUGUAGGUGACUGGAGUGAGAACCAUAUAAUUCCUGCCAGCCCUGGGAGUGACGCGGACGAGACUAAAGAAGGAUCAGGGCUGAGUGUGAAUAUGGGGGGACCUCCUCCAAAACUGAUCCCUGUGUCAGGAAAACUUGAGAAGAACAUGGAGAAAACAGUGCUGCGGCCCACUGCCUUCAAACCUGUCAUUCCGAAGAGUCGUACCUCCAUGCAGUACCUCUCCCCUCGCCAUUGUGCCAACGUAUCAGAAAGCCAAAACAACCUGAACUUGCUCAGCCCCACCCACAGAGAGGUGUCGCCCUCCUGCUCUGAGAAACGCAGCUCGUACAGCGGGGCACGCAGCGGUGGCGGGGGGCGGGGUAGCAGCCAGUCCUGCUCCCUGUCCGACUCUGGACGCAACUCCCUCUCCAGCCUGCCACCUUACAGCAGCGCCAUCUACAGCCUGGCGUCAGGAGACGCCUCUGCUGGCCACCUGGAGCCCAUGAAGAGCGCUCCGUCAGUCAGUGCACACGGACACUCCAACUCAGACAGCGGGCGCUCGUCCUCCAGUAAGAGCACAGGCUCUGGGUCGAUAAGUGGCCGGGGGCAGCCUCUGUCUGACAGUGGGUCCAGCGGCCGCUCUCCCGGCCCUGUGGAGGGUUAUGAAGGGGUGGUGAGGGACCUGGAGGACAAACUGAGGGAGAGAGAGCUGGAGCUGCAGCAACUCAGAGACAACCUGGAUGAGAAUGAAGCUGCAAUUUGUCAGGUGGGCAGAUGGUACACAAACUCCAAACGUGCUUUAAUGAGGGGCCAUGUGGGGGGGGGGGGGGGGGGGGGGGGGUUUGUAUUGUGGAUUCUAAUGGAUUUGCAUUUGCAUCGUCUCAUGUUGUUCUGUCUUGUCUCGCAGGUUUAUGAGGAGAAGCAGAAGCGCUUUGAACUGGAGCUGGAGGAGCUGAGGCAGAGCUGUGCCACGAGGAUGCAGGUAGCCUCGCAGAAGGCCCAGCGUGCCCAGCAGGUGCUUCAGCUGCAGGUUUACCAGCUCCAGCAGGAGAAGAAGAAGCUGCAGGAGGACUUUGCUCAGCUUCUGAAGGAGAGGGAGCAGCUGGAGGAGCGCUGCACCUCCUACGAGCACGAGAAGAUCCAAAUGGGGCCUCGGCUGGAGGAGACGAAGUGGGAGGUCUGUCAGAAGUCGGGGGAAAUCUCGUUGCUGAAGCAGCAGCUGAAGGAGGUGCAGGGAGAGUUAGCUCAGCGUGUGGGGGAGAUCGUCUCACUGCGGGGUCAACUCCGAGAAACUCGUGGUGAGCUGACAAACACCCAGGUCCUGCUCCAGGAGGCUCACGGCACAACCCGCACACGAACCCUGGAGCUGGAGGUGUGUGAAAACGAGCUUCAGCGCCGCAAGAGCGAAGCGGAGCUGCUCAGAGAGAAGGUAGGACGUCUUGAGGGAGAGCUGGUUCAUCUCAGAGAUGCUUUGGCCAGUCAGGGCCCAGGAAACAGACAGUGUCAGGUGUUCCAGGAGGCGGAGGAGCACCUGCUCGCCUAUGAAAGCGAUGAGGCGAAGGCACAGCGGCAGAGCAGCACCGAGGCCCUGCAGAACAUGAAGGUGCAGAUGGACAGGAUGAAGGCUGAGCUGGCCUUCGAGCGUCAGCGGGCCGAGCAGCAAAUGGGAAGCUUCGAGGAGGAGCGCAGGAUAUGGCAGGAGGAGAAGGACAAAGUAAUCCGCUACCAGAAGCAGCUGCAGCAGAACUAUGUGCAGAUGUAUCGCAGGAACCGAGAGCUGGAGCAGCUCCUGCAGGAUCUCAGUCAGGAACUGGAGAACAGAGAAGACGACGAGGGCAGUGGCAACGAGAUUAACUUUGAUGAGAUUGCGGCCACAGAAAUUUAACCCUUGUGUCUCUCCAUCUUUUGAUUUGCACUAUUGUCAGCUGUAAAACAAACAAAAAACAUCUGCAAUCAGCCACACUUUAGUUCUGCCUCGGCCUAUUCUCCAAGGAGUCCCACUUUAAAAGCCAGUGACCUGUAUUAGUUGUUAGUAGGCCACCUCGGUCCUCUGCCCCUCUGUUAAUGUCUUAGUGUUUGCACUAACUAACUAAACAUCAGCGUCCUGGUCCGUUCUCACAGUUAGUGGGAGAUUUGUUGCGUAUGAGUAACUUCACCAACCUUUCACCAUCCUCCUCCUGUGUUGAUGAUGACUCCUCCUCCCCCUGCUGGGUUUAGCACUACACUCCCACUCUGUUAGCAGUCAGCUCUCAUUAGCACUGUUAAUUUAGCUGAAGCCCACGCUGUUGGUACAUGACAGCGAAUGUGGGAUACCACACAUUCAGCGUGUCAUGACAGUGAGUGAAUCAGUAGGAGGUGCUAAUGACGGUGGCUUCGCUCUAAGUGAUUUGGAGAGAAUUAUGUUAUUGUUUGUUUUUGUUUUUUUCUCAGAACUACUCAAGCAUUUAUGUAAACUGCAUCAUGACCCACAUGUAAACAGCAGAUGUUCCCAAAAUAUGUCUGCUUCCUUCUCACAAGAGAAGCAGGAGGAAAUAUUAAGUUGGGGCAAACACCAAAAAAAAAACACAAACCCCUUUUUCAACCUUAUAUGGCUCAGAUUUGAUGUUUUCAUAACUGUGAGCACAGACUUAAAUGUGUCUGGACUGUUAACAUCAAGUCCACUUUAAGGAAAGCAAAGUUUAAAUUCUACUCUCAUAUCCUGGACAGUUUGUCCCAAGUUAAUAUAGGGGUUGGAAAUGAUCUCAUGAACAUCUGUACAGUGUAAUUAAACUGGAACAAACACCACCAUAACACCUUACAUCCAGUGCAUGUCAGCUUUUCUCUUUCUUUUCUCUCACACACAGAUGAUCUGACUCAUCUUUAACAGAAGCUUUGUCAAACUAUCAUCUGACAUCAGAAGACUGGAUUCUAUCACGUUUCCCUGAGCGUAGGAGCGGGCGAUAUCAUUUUAUAAUGCGUUACACUUUUUAUUGUAAUAUAGUAAAUGUUCUGGAAAACAAAUCGGUCUUUUUCACAGCAGGUUAUUUCACUUGAAAAGCACAGGUGUUGCUAAUAACAUUAACGAUGGGUCUGUUGUCCUUUAUUUCUCUGAACAACAAGUCGCAGGCUGAUGUGAGCAAUUUUUCCCACUCGGCUGCUUGUAAUUAGAGUUUUAACUGAAACCAAAGCAGCUACAAGAAAUUGAGCCAUCAUUCCUUUUAUUAUUUACAUGUGUGUUAUCCUACUGUGAUGUGGUGAAAAAGGCCUAUUGAGAAGUUGUUAUUUAAAGGAUGUUUACUGUUUCUGUAAAGGCUUUUAGCGAAUCAGACGAUUGAAAUACGUAGCAAAAUAAGAUAAUUACACCCAUGCAAAACCGUGUAAAAAUCCAGAUUUGGCCAUAAAACAGUUCUGUGGUUGACAGCUCUGUAAACCUCCCUUUAAGAUGUCUCCUUUAUUACAUUAGGAAAAGUAAAAUGUUUUCAAAAUUUGCUUUUCAUCAGGUGCAGGGGUAUCUGUCGAGAGCCUGUUUGGGCUUCAGAUGUCAGUAUAAACAGUUUGAUAAAGUCAAAUCUUUGACAUCUUAUAGUGUCUCAUGGUAUUUACUGCAUCCUCAUGUCGCCCACUCCUACUGUUUUAACUUCAGUCCUGGUAAUAUGCUUAUAUAAAAGGCCAAAACUAUACUUAAAUUUAAUCUGUUUUUCCAGUAAAACAGAAAAGUAAAUACAAUUAAUACUAAAGCACAAUCAUUUUGGCUCUUGUAUCUAAUAAUUAGAGAAAAUACCUUAGGGUCAUCAGUGAGACGGUGAAAUCAUGCACUGAAUGACAGGUGUUCUGGUGUAAAGUCAAACUGCUUGAACUAUGACUGUUUAUCCACCAACCGUUAAAGCAGAGGAUCUGUUUCAUGCAUAUUUACUUCCCUACACUACGAGGGGACGCUUUUUGUUCCUCUGUCACUGCUGACUGAAUUAUACUCCGCUGUAAAUAACCCUGACAAAUCAUGAAGUAUAAGGAUUUCUUCCAGAGAUGUCUGUCCAUCUCCAAAAAAAUAAAAACAUAGCCACUGUGAAUAGACCAAAGCAAUGUCACACACACAUUAUAUUUUGCUCCCACAAUACAGAUACAAUGCCUGUAUAUUAACGUUUGUGUGGAUGUUUGUUCUGGUUCCUCGGUAUAAUUUUAUAAUCCACAAUAUUUGUAUGAAGACAUUAAAUGUAUAUUUUCAUGCUGUACAUUUCUUGAACAAACGUACUGUUUUUAAUUAAAAAAAAAAAAGACAGAAUUUAAGAGCUGUCUGUGGUACAUGGAGAAAUAAGAGUCCUUAAGUUUAUUUGUUCA